GGGAGGCUCCGCCUGUCAGUCGGCAGAGCUGCAACCAUGGGGCUCCCUCCCGCCGCCGCCUCCGCUCUGGCUUGCCGGGUGAGGUUCGCCCCCAGCCCCACAGGUUUCCUGCACCUGGGGGGCCUGCGGACGGCUUUGUACAACUACAUCUUUGCCAAAAAGCAUGGAGGCCGCUUCAUCCUGAGGCUGGAAGACACUGACCAGAGCCGGCUGGUGCCUGGAGCAGCUGAGGGGAUUGAGGACAUGCUGCAGUGGGCAGGCAUCCCCCCAGAUGAGAGCCCUCGCUGCGGCGGGCCUGCCGCCCCCUACCUGCAGUCUCAGAGGCUCCCGCUGUACAGAGAAGCCGUUGAGCAGCUGCUGGAGAAGGGAGCCGCCUACCGCUGCUUCUGCACCCCUCAGCGCCUGGAGCUGCUGAAAAAGGCUGCGCUGCGGAACCAGGAAACACCCCGGUAUGACAACAGGUGCCGUCACCUGAGCCCCAAGCAGGUGGCUGAGAAGGUCACGCAGGGGGCCGACUGUGUGGUGCGUUUCCGCCUGGAGGAGGGGUCCGAGCCCUUCCACGACCUGGUGUACGGCUGGAGCAAGCACGAGGUGGCCCGUGUGGAGGGUGACCCCGUGAUCCUGAAGAGCGACGGCUUCCCCACGUACCACUUGGCGAACGUGGUGGAUGACCACCUCAUGGGGAUCAGCCACGUGCUGCGUGGGGCGGAGUGGCUGAUCUCCACCUCCAAGCACCUGCUGCUGUACCGGGCCUUCGGCUGGGACCCGCCUCGCUUCGCCCACCUCCCCCUGCUCCUCAACGCGGACGGCAGCAAGCUCUCCAAGCGGCAGGGCCACGUCUUCGUGGAGCACUUGGCUCAGGAUGGCUAUUUGCCGGCAGCUCUGCUGGACAUCAUUACCAACUGUGGCUCGGGGUUUGCAGAGAACCGGAUGGGAAGGACGCUGGAGGAGCUGGUGGCCGAGUUCGACGUGGGCAGGAUCGAGAAGUACUCUGCCCUCCUGGAUCUGGAGAAGCUGGGCGAGUUCAACAGAAUCCACCUGGCCCAGCAGAUCCGGGACGAGAGGAGACGGCCGGCUUUGGUGGCGGAAGUGCAGGCGUCUGUGGAGCGGGCCUUUGGGGAGCAGCUGGUGGACAGAGGGGUUCUCGAGAAGGCUUACGUAGAGCAGGUGCUUCUGCUGAGGAGGGGUCACAUCAGCCGUCUCCGGGAUCUGGUGUCCCCCCAACACGCUUUCCUGUGGAUCCGGCCCAUGGUGUCUCACGAGGAGCUGCAAGCCAUUUCCCCGGAGGCAGAGGAGAUAGGCCGACUGGUCCUGGAGUUGCUAGAUCAGCCGGUUGCCACCCUGACCAUUGAGGAGCUUGGCCGAGAGCUGCGGCAGCUGCCGGAGCGGGUUCAAGCCACCAAGUACAGCGCCAUGAUGAAGCUCCUCCGUGUGGCCCUGAGUGGCCAGCAGCAAGGACCCAGCAUUGCCGAAAUGAUGGUCUCCUUGGGACACAGAGAGACGCGGACACGGAUCCGAAGAGCCUUGUGCAGCUGACCCGUCCUUUGGGGGAAGGAGACACAGCAGACCCUGCUCUCUCUCUCGGGGGGGCAGUCCUGUGAUGCUCAAAGACGUUGGCAACUCUUGCGAGCUGUUGUGGUGGAGCUGGACACAUCCUGCAAGAAGGGGUGCUGGAUUUCAGAACUGGAAGAAACCGUUACUUCAUACAAUCUCCUGGGUUGUUGGUUCCAUUUUUAGCCUGAUGCGGCUGUAAUAAAAAGUAGACUCAAUAUAA